AUGGUAGUCAACAAUUACACGACAUCUAAGAAGCUAGAAAGAUGGGAUCACAUGAUUCGACACAGUCCUCUAAAACAAUCCGCCGGGACAAGAGAACUUCCACUUUUCACCCCAAAGCCGUACCGAAUAACGCCAAAGUCGACGAAAGAUAUUAUGAGAGAGCAGAAUUUCAUCAACGAUUCUGUCAAAGCGACAAAGCAAGCUCGAGCAGCACGACAGCCACUUAAUCCAGAGUACGACGGGAGCAAAGAUAAGAUGACACGUUCUUUCUCCAUGUCUCCUGUCCGGCAGCAACUUCCGAGGUCAGAAUCGACUUUUCGAAUGUAUCAAGAUUCUACAAGUUCAUACAAUCCAUCUGAGUAUUCUCUCCCACCUUCGCGUUGCGUUUCUCGUAAAUCUUCAAGAAGUACUCCCUCCUGUCGAUCAAUUCUUUGCUCAAGAAGUUUGGUCUCCCGCGGCGUAUUACGGCCCCAAACAGUUCAAGAAAUCGAGAGCAAGGAACGACUCUAUCAUAAUCGAGCAGUGAAAGAUACGAAUAGCGUUCGCUGGUGGAAUCCAACGACUUAUCUGAUCCAACCGUAUGAUGCCGUAAUGGACCCAAACGCAGGGCGAUAUUUUUCACGUCCGGAAGUCAAAAAGCUUAAAUCCGUCUCGCAUCCGUAUCAUGGUAAUCUUGGAGAUUAG